AUGACCACAUUACAACAAGAGUUCAGCUUGGAAAUGAGUUCUUUACCGAGAGACCAAGUCAAAGAUGUGCUUCGGGGCCUGCUACAUUCCAUCUUUUUUCAUAGACUACUUAUCAAUGUGCUACCUCGUGAGCUCCGAGUUUUGAACACAACAGUAUCUAUUACAGAUAGUCCAGAUGUCGAAAGCCUGAUUGAAGAGAAGAUAGCGGAGUUUUUGCAUAAUAGCAAUAGCCCUACGCAAGUGAAGCAAGGAAAGUUGGCAGUGCUGUUUUAUGAAAAAAGGCUAAAAAAGAAUUGGUUUCAAUUCUCUAAAUCAGAGGAAUUUGUCUGCUGGGAGCAAUGGGACAUCACAUUAAAUUUGACUCAAUCACCCAAAUCAGAGCAAGAAAAAUCGAAAUUAAUGAAAUCUGUGGAAAAUCAGUUUAGUCAAAACCUAAUGAAGAUACUUAAAAUUGUGAACGAUUACAAAGAGCAUAUACCCUCGAUCACGACAACGGAAGGAAACCCAUUUCCGUACCAAAUUGCCAUUCAGUCACAAUCAGAAAGCUGGAACACAAUGAUCAAAAGAAUGUUGGUUACGGAUGCACCUACCAUAGAAAAGUCGAUCAGUAGUCCUAUAGCACAAAACACAGCAAAUGCAUCAUCAUCAAAAGCCAGUAGCCGACCUUCAAGUGUAAGAUCUGACAGAGGAAUGUCCUGA